GUCUGAGAGCGUGACUGUCAAAUAUAAAUAUUCUCUCUCUCUCUCAUAAUUCAGAUUUUUUCUUUUUGUUUCAGUUAAAUCGGAGAUAUUUUCCCACUGUUUCCCGGGAAUCCCUUGUCUUCCUCGUUUCAAUCUUUGUAUCCUUCGCCUGAUAUAAUGCUCCAGAUUUUCAAGGUCUGAUUUCGAUUUGAUACAACUCUGACUCAGAAGGAAAAGAGACAAUGGAGGGUGACUCGUUCUCAGGGAUCGAUAAUGGAACUCAGUUAGAUGACAGGGUGUUGCAGAUAUUUCAAAAGAGCUUUGCUCAGGUCCAGAAUAUCUUGGACCACAACAGGCUUCUCAUCAAUGAGAUAAACCAGAACCAUGAGUCCAAAAUCCCAAACAACUUGAGCAGAAAUGUUGGUCUAAUCAGGGAGCUCAACAGCAACAUAGGAAGAGUUGUGGGACUCUAUGCUGAACUUUCAAGUUCCUUCACCAAAUCCAUGGAUACCUCAUCCGAAGAGGACUUGAGUGGUGCUAUGAGAUCAGAUGGCAAAGCUGGUCACAAAAGAACCAGGCCUGUUUGAUGUAGUUGAAAGAAGAAAAGAAAAAGUUAGGGGUCUCUUUUGUUGGCAAUUCUCUUGCAUGGUGGCAAAAUGGAGUAGAAAACUAGAAAAUGGUCAGAUUUUGUAACUAUCAUUCUCCCCUCUGUAUCUGUCUCUAGUUCUCAAACUUCACGUUUGUUUGCCAAAAGUAAUAGGUCUAAGAUUUCUUGUACUACACUGUAACUCUCUGUAACUUUGGAUCUGAAGUAAGCAUAUAUGAGGAU